UUGGCAGUGAAGGAACAAGAAUUCGUGUUUUUCUUGGGCUUUGUUCUAAUUAUCAGAUUUAUGUAUGCGUAUUUCAUGAUUUUGAAAUGUUGGGUUGUAUUUCAUGACAUAGAUUAACCUUAUAAAAAAAGGUAAUUCAAUCAAUUGAAGACUCAUGGUUAUACAUUGGCAUCUAUGUCAUUUGCACUAAUUAUCUCUUUCUGUAAGUGUUGUCAUUAAUGUUUAUUUACAGGUUUCAGAUGAAGGUGAUGUUCUCUAUUUUUUCCUAAGGAUUAUCGUUCAAGGCUUACUAGUAAAUCCUUUAGGAUGAAAAUUGAACCCUGGGCUGAAAAGGCAAAGUCUGCAGCUGAGUAUCUAAUAAGGGUCUUUUUUAGGACAACAUUAGUUGCUUCAAUUGUUUUGGUGUUUACAGCAAUUAUUGUACCUUCCUCGAGCGGAAGUCAUAAGAGACGAGGAGGGAGCAGGUCUUAUGGUUCAAAUAUCAACUUCUACAUUAACCCAUUUGAUUUAUUUUGGUAUUGGGAUAGAGACUACUAUAGGAGGACACGAAGAUGAGAAGAUAAUGAAGAUAUGAACUUCAUUGAGUCUGUCUUCUCAUUUGUUUUUGGAGACGGUGAUCCAAAUCAAGGAAUUGAAGAGAAGAGGUGGAAGCUGGUAAUGUUUGAGCAUUGAAAUUAGUGGUUGGUUUUCUAUAUUUUAUGCAGUAUUAUCCAACUACUAAUCUUGGAAUUUGAAGAAAAGAGAUGAAACUUGGAGGAUUUUGUUCCUGUUAAUUUUUACGUCUAGUCUCAUACUCUCAUUAGAAGGUUCAUCUAGCAGCAUGAGUCAUGAAGCAAGAUCUUUAGUGCAACUUU